AUGCCGAUGAAGCACACCAAACGGGGAUUUAAAAUUUGGACAUUAGCUUGCCCCAAAUCUCACUAUUUAGUGAAUUUCCAAAUCUACGAAGGUAAAAAUAACAAUGACAAAUUUGCAAGCCUUUCGCUAGGAGAGAAAACUGUUAUGCACUUAUGUGAACCAUUUUUAGAAAAAGCUUAUUGUGUCUAUUUUGACAACUUUUUUAGCAGUUUUCGCUUACUUUCCAAAUUGUAUGAUAAAAAUACAUUUGCUUGUGGCACAUUUAGGACGAACCGAAAAAAUUAUCCCAAGGAAUUAUUAGCAGAUGAGAAGGUGUUGAAAACUGGUCAGUCUGAUUGUGCUAUGUCUGACGACUUUUCAUUGGCCAAACGGAAAGAUCGUGGCAAGAAAUCUGUUGUUGUGAUAAGUUCCAUGCAUAACCCAAAUGUAAAGGAAACGGUUUUGAGAACAAACAAAGUUGGAGAUAGAGAAUCUGUUAGUUGUCCCGCCUCGAUCUAUGACUACAACAAAUUUAUGGGUGCUGUUGAUGGUUUCGAUCAGCUAAUGGCUUCAUACCCAAUUGAGUGGAAAUCUAGACGCUGGUGGAUUAAACUCUUUUACUAUUUUUUAAAUGCCGCUGUAACAAACUCAUACAUUUACAAAACAGCUCAAAAGAAAAACAAUGUACAUGCGAAACCAAUGUCACAUCUCAAUUUCCGAAGCAUGUUAGCAAAUUGA